CAGCAGCAACACUGUCACGUAAUUUAACACAAACCGUAUGUAAAAAUGUCGCAAGCAAAAAAGGCCAAGCGACCCUCGGGCCUUUCGAAGGAUGAAACUUGGAAGAAACUUGGCUUUCUACCCGCGUUUAAGGGUGGCAAGGAUGGGGAGCCGAAGAAGUACCGGGCGCUGUGCACCCACUGUCGGAAAUGCCAGUCGAACACCAGCAUUGACAGGCUGAUUAUCCAUAGGAAGUCAUGUCUCAAGUUCCGGGAGGAUCUCACCGCAGAGUUCGGUAUUAAGUUGGAGUCUACGGAAGCCGCUCCGGCAGAACAGAGCUCUUCCGGCUCCACAAUUGACUUCACUUCGAGUAUUCUACUGGACAAACUGAUCGACGAGGAUGAUAGCAGUGCACGCAAUCAGGAAUCCAACUUGGUGAGCUACUUGACCGAUCUGGAUCAACUGGUGAUCCCGUCAUCCGACGCCAAUCGACUGCAGAAGGAUCUGAUCAAGGCGGAAACGGAGUACCUAGUGGUCAAAUCCGAGUACUUUACCAAGAUGAACGAGAUAUCCGAACUGAAACGCACCGUCACCUUGUUGGAGGCGAAAAAGACACAGCUGGAGAUCGCCAAACUGCGUGCUGAAUGCGAGUAGCCUAAGCUUUUUAAGUACACUACAUUUUAAAUUUCUUGAGAAUAUACAAAUUUAUUUAGAUAAUGAA